UCCAGAGGCCCGCGGUAGGUGGUUUUAAAGGGGGUUUCGGUGAGCCAGGUGGAGAGCCAUGCAGUCCAAGCGGGAGUGUGAGCUGUGGUGCGAAAGGGUGAACCCCGAGAACAAGGCGGCGCUGGAGGCGUGGGUCAGGGAGACGGGCAUCCGCCUGGUGCAGGUGAACGGGCAGAGGAAGUAUGGCGGGCCACCCCCAGGCUGGGUGGGUAGCCCGCCGCCUGCCGGGUCAGAGGUGUUUAUCGGACGGCUGCCCCAGGAUGUCUAUGAGCACCAGCUGAUCCCACUGUUCCAGCGCGUGGGCCGUCUCUAUGAGUUCCGCCUGAUGAUGACUUUCAGCGGCCUGAACCGCGGCUUUGCCUACGCCCGCUACAGCUCGCGGCGCGGCGCGCAGGCCGCCAUCGCCACGCUGCACAACCACCUGCUGCGGCCCUCCUGCCCGCUGCUCGUGUGCCGCAGCACCGAGAAGUGCGAGCUGAGUGUGGACGGGCUGCCGCCGGGUCUGAGCCGUCGGGGGCUGCUGCUCGCGCUGCAGCCGCUAAGUCCUGGUCUGCAGGAGGCGCUGCUGCUGCCCAGCCCGGGGCCCGCGCCAGCACAGAUCGCGCUGCUCAAGUUCAACUCGCACCGUGCAGCUGCUAUGGCCAAAAAAGCCCUGGUGGAAGGGCAGUCACGCCUCUGUGGAGAGCAGGUGGCUGUGGAGUGGCUUAAGCCAGAUCUGAAGCAGAGAAUUCGUCAGCAGCUAGUGAGUCCCUCCCUGUGGUGUCUACAGCCAGAAAACAGCCGAUUAGCCCUCACCAGUGUCAACUUAGAGUCCCAAGGGGCUCGGGCUGCCUUGCAGCUCCUGUGCCAACGGAUGAAGCUGGGCAUCCCAGUAUUCCUCACCAAGUGUUUGGGCACAGGCCCUGCUGGCUGGCACCGCUUCUGGUACCAGGUGGUGAUCCCUGGGCAUCCAGUGCCCUUCAGUGGCCUCAUCUGGGUUGUGCUGUCCCAAGAUGGACAAGAUGCACAUGAGGUGGCUAAGAAUGCGGUAUCUGCACGACUGCUAGAGGCAAUGAGUGAAUCUGGGGUUAGCCUCCUGCGCUCUGUUGGGGCUGAGGCAGGGACCAUGGUUAAGCAGUGAUUUGCCUGAACAAGUAGGCAAAGCCUGUGCCAGUCCCCAGCCCAGCCGGCCUGGGCAGCCAUCAUCUGAUCCCAGUGGAGAGAGGACCAGGGGCCUUGCCCUAAGUGUGGCUGCCUCUCGGGGGCUACUCAAGAGUUGGCUAUGCAGUAGUGAGGGGCAUUACCCUUCCCCCUCCUCCUAGGUCAGGGUCUGAUUUGCCCCAUGUUCCUCCUCAGCCAUUUUCUCCUCCCAUAGCCUAGUAUGAAACUUUGCUUCUUAUUUUCUUGAUUUGUCCUCUUGGUUUUUAUUUGGGGUCUGGCUAAGCCAAAAGGGUUAGAAAUCUGCCUUUUGUCCCCAUCACUUAACAUUCUGGUAUUGGUUUCUAUGUGGUUUGAGUUUUUCUGUGCUGGUUGUAUUUAUAUUAAACCCAUGGUUGGUGUA